AUGAUUGACCCUCUUGGCAACUAUUCAAACUUACCAAGACGUGCUCGCCCAAAAAGAAAAGUUGUCAAGAAACAUGUAGCUGAUAUUAUCGAAAGAAUGCUUAUAGAAAACAAUCAAAUUAAUGAUCAGAAGACCAUAAAACAAGAAGCACAAGAUAAAGCAAGCGAAAUAGAUCAAGUGUGCUAUAUACAGUAUGGAGAAGAUGGUGCCGCUUACCAGCAUUGCGUUUCUUCAAAAUUGCAUGAAACCAGUGGUAUGUAUAGCGACCAAGCAGAAAUGCCGGGAUCUCCAACUCAACAACUUGUCAUGCAAAUGCUGGAUAAGCUCGAGUAUCUGAAAGAUAUUUAUUCUGAUGAAGCAUUUUUCCAUAUGCAUUCUCAUGACAUAAAUAGGACAGAUCUCAAGUGGCUUAUAAACUUUCUAGAAUUGAUCAGACAGAAGAAUUCUUUCGACGGAUUGGAACAGAAUAUUUCUAUUACUUACUUUAGUUUAUUUUUACCUUUAACGACAAAAAUAGAACAACUCAAAGCAGAAAGCAAGCCAAGCUAUGCAAUGUCUGACAUGAGUUGGGAAGAUCAAUUUAAUAGUAUGGAUGAAGAAGAUUGGCUCUUUGAGUAG